AUGGAGGCGGCAUUGCAGGAGGUGGCGCCAUACAUCAACGAACUGACAAAUGACAACCCAUCGAGUGCCGACGAUGCGCAGACGAAGACGAAACUCGCUGCCAUUUUGAAGCUUCUCAUCGAGAAGGACUUGGCCUACGUCAGCUUUGUCUUCCCCAAGAAGAUGGGCUGCCACAUGCGGAACAGGUACGGGAUCGGCCUCGACCCGUGCGACGUCCACGACUUGUUGGCGCAGAUUCUGUUGGACGGCUUUGUGCUUUCGGAAACUAAGAACGCCGUCGCAUUCGAGGUGAACCCCCAAGACGACACGCAGUGGUUGUUCAACGAUCACCUGGCCAAGAGUUCCAACGGCAUGCUGAGGCCGCUCCUGAAGGAGGACAUGUCCUUUGUUUCUGUGUCUUGCUCCCACACGAAUGGGGGCCUCAACGCCAUCGACUACAAGUGCAGCACCACCGUCGAGGCCGCUGCCACGAACGGGAAGCUUGCUAUCGAGAAGGUGAACGCCAUCAACCCGCCCUACGCGGCAGCAGUGUCGUCGGGGCUCGAGUGGACGAUCAUCCGCUGGCAAGUGGAGCAUCAUUGCCCUCACCUGGCCGACUUCAUCCAAGCAGCGGCCAACCGAGGGCACAACACUAGGCGGGUCACGACGGACGUCCAGGCGCUGAUGCAGAUGCAUCGGCUCGGCGCUCGCAACAUGCAGGUACAGCACGCGUUCAUGUGGGACUUGGUCGCGAGACACGUCGAGGGCCAGCAUUCCCAUUUACGUGGCCACGCGCGUGACAUGUGCUCGUUCGUGGAGAAGUGGAGCGGAGGCAGCGACGCGCCGCUCUUGAGGAACCUCGACGAGUGGUGCAAGACGCUGCAGUCACGCCGAUGCGUUCCAGGAUCGGCAUUCAAAGUCCUGGCCAACUUGGACCUGAUAAGCUGCCCCGAGACGAUCUACUCACUCUUGAAAGCUGCGAUCAAGUCGCCAGCGAAGUUCGUCACCCCUGGCACCAACAUGAGCAGGCUCAUCAACGGUAGUGAUUGCAACGCCUUGGCGACUAAGCAGCGCGGCUUGUGCAUCCAGCUGUCCACCAUGAUCAAGGCUGCUACAGCCUGGUUCGGUGAUCAUGCUCAGAAGACCGAUCCUUCGCUCAAGCGGUCGGUGUUCGUCCAGGAGCUCGGGGCCAUGGAGGUCAACGGAGUCAUGAUGAUGAUGAAGAAAGCCGCUCCUGGCGUGCAGGCUUACACGUCGCUCGAGGCUGUCGGCGCCGACUUCUUGGCCAGAAUCUACGAGCUGGCCCCCAAGACGAAGGAUCUGGAGCCGCCGUUUUCUCCCGAGAAGCCCCAGCCGAAGAAGAAGGGGGGAAGUCCUGACGGCUCCACUGGCUUCACAGAGCUGGCGGACGGCAUCGACGGCGGCCGCCUCAAGCAGCUUGGCCUCAUCAAGGGAGCUACCGUUUCGCUGAAGACGCCCCUGGAGAAGGGUGAGGGCGACAAGUACAUCAUCAAGUGCAUCGUAGGUUCGCAGGUGAGACUUCUGAGCGAGAGCGACGUCGAGAAGGCGGAUGGGAAGAAGCCGCCCGUCAUGAAGUCCAAGUCCAAGAAGAGGGGCAAGUGCGGCGAUGACGAGGCCGACGAGGACGACAUCGAGGACGGCACGGACGGCUCCAUCAAGAUCUCCACUGGGGACUUGGUGGACCUCUACAAGGACCACGCCGAGAUGUCGCUCAUGGCCACACAGGCCCAGCUGAGGCUGGCCUUGAUGCACGCCUACAGGAUUGCGAGCAAGUCUGUCAACCUGCAGGUCACUUACGCUGUGGACCCUAAGGUGGAAGUCCAUAAGGUCAUCGCCAUGAAAAAAUAUGAGAAGAACCAGUUGUUUUUAAUCCCCUUGUCUCUAUGGUGCCACGUGGGCCCCACUAAUAAAAUGCCUGCGAACGCCGUGGUCGUGAAAGAUUUUCCGCAUGUUCCCAGUCACUGCAGUGCCUAUGUGCUCCCGUGUGUAUUCUACCCCGAACAGCGGGCGCUCAAGAAAGACCCGCUGGUGAUUCCAUUUUGGAACGUCCCCGCAACCGACUCGAAAUCUGAUGUAAAUAUGACGCCGUGCACUAUCAGGAUCGAGGUGCAGCGGACCACGCUGGGUCUUGCGAAGGACGGCGUGUGCAAGAUCGAGGUUCCUAUCCCCGCUUUGUGGAACACAAAGCCAAUUCAGCAGGGUGCCAAAUUGUACCGCCAGCGCGCCGAGGCUGCGACCACUUCGAAGGAGAGUGCCUCCCCUUCUGGGUCUAGCAGCAAGAAGUAG